AUGUAUAUUUCUUUCUUUCUUUCUUUCUUUCUUUCUUUCUUUCUUUCUUUCUUUCUUUUUUCUUUCUUUCUGUCUUUUUCUUUCUUUCCAUCUUUCUUUCUUUCUUCCAACAAUAAUCUAUUCAUCCACAACUAUCUCUCACUGUUUCUAUCUAUUCUUUCACAUCUAUCUAUCUAUCUAUCUAUCUAUCUAUCUAUCUCUCUAUUCAUCCACAUAUAUCUAUCACUAUCUAUAUAUCUAUCUCUGUUGCUAUCUAUCUAUCUGUUCAUUCACAUCUAUUUAUGUACCUAUCUAUCAGAUUAUUCAUUAUCUAGCAAUCUAUUUAUUACAAUCUAUUCAUUCACAUCUAUCUAUCUAUCUAUCUAUCUAUCUAUCUAUCUAUCUAUCAGUUUAUUCAUAUCUAUCAAUCUAGCACGUUCUAUUCAUUCACAACUAUCUUUCUCCGUUGCUAUCUAUCUAUCUACCUAUCUAUCUAUCAGUUUAUUCAUGUCUAUCAAUCUACCACAGUGUAUUCAUUCGCAACUAUCUAUAUAUUUAUCUCUUUUGCUAUCUAUCUAUCUAUCUAUCUAUCUAUCUAUCUAUCUAUCUAUUCAUUCACAACUAUCUAUCAUUUUAUUCAUAUCUAUCAAUCUACCACAAUCUAUUCAUUCACAACUACCUAUAUAUCUAUCUCUGUUGCUAUCUAUCUAUCUAUCUAUCUAUCUGUCUCUUCUUUAUGAAUCUAUUGCUGAUUGGUAUCCAUUAGCCAAGAAAUUGAGAAGAGAAAAUCACCCAUUAAAGGCAAUUUGA